AUGGAGCGCGGAGGUCCGUCCAGUGAUUCAGAUUUGGUGAACGGCCCGGAAGAACGCACUGAUCGUGAAGCGACUUUGAUUGACAUCUCUUCGGAUUUUGAUAAUCAAUCGGACAAGGGGAUCUGUCUGGUGGGAAGUCUGAUUUCUAUGAAAGCCCCUAAUGGAUUCCAUCUAAUGGAAAUUAUGAGGAAGUCGUGGAAAACAGAGCAGAACUUUGAAGCCAGGGAAUGGCGGAAAAAUCUUUUCCUCUUCACCUUUGAAUCUGCAGCUGAUCGGGAAUGGGUUCUUCAGAGACAACCGUGGCAUUUUGAUAAUCACCUUUUUGCGAUUAAAGGUCUUGAUGACACAGCACAGCCUUCAACUAUCAGGGUGGACAGGGGAAGUUUUUGGAUUAGGGCGUAUAAUCUUCCGAUCAAAUGCAUGACCCCAGCCAUCAUUCGCAAUAUUGGCAAACAGAUUGGUAUCGUCGAGGAAGUAGAUGAGAAGACAAACUACACCGGAUGUUUCGCCCGUUUUAAGGUGAAUCUGGAUAUCACUGUCCCUCUGCUACGAGGAAUCACAAUCUUUUUUGAGGCUCGACAGCUAUGGAUUCCCCUAAAAUAUGAAAGUUUGCCAAUCUACUGUUACAAAUGUGGUAUAAUGAACCACCAUACGCGCGCCUGCGAGAAAGAAACUGAGGCGGAGGAGAGUGGAAAACACUUCGAUGAUAUUGAGUACGGUCCCAUACUCAAAGCCUCACCUUUGAAACGGCUGCGCACAAAGAAACAGCACCAGCCCAUGGCCCCCAAACCCAACCCUCUACGAGACCUCCAAAGUCAUGCCUCUACUCACCCACCCGUCCCAUCUGCAAAACCCCAGCCACCACCUCUUGCGUACAACCCACCCCCACACACAACUGCUCACGCACUAACAAAUACCCAGCCCAUCUCUCAUCAAACCCACUCUACCCCAAAUGCCAUCCACACCCCAAGUGAGGAAAACUCUAUCCCCAUACUCAAAAAGCAAAUAAAUAACCUGCAAACAAAACCUUUACCCCAAGCUUCCACCACAUCAUCCCCCAUUAUCACUCCCAAAACAGAGCCUGAAACAAAAAAAGUACCCUCCAACACAGCUCCCUUCAACCCAAACAAAGACAUAACCCCAAUUACCGACCUUGCAAAACUCCUGAAUUUAAAGCUCCCUGACCAUUCCACAAAAAAACCUCAGCCAAAAAAAGAAAAAACAUGGACCCGCUUCAACCGAUCCCCAACCCCAAAGACCCCAAAAGUGCACCACCUUACUGCAAAUCACAAGAAGCGACAUUUUAUGGAGGAGGAAAAUGUUGUUCUUGGACCCAGGAAAGAUGAGGUCGAAGCUAUGCAAAAGAGACUCAAAGGAACCAAACUGGAUGAUGAUUCUUCUUCCACCACUGCGCUAUCGGCGGAGAUUGCUAUGGAGCAAUCCCGCCGGGCACAAUGA